ACUAGCCUUUGGCUCAAAGCCCCUCAACUCCCAUCUCCAUUUUCCACAACCCCGCCAAAGUACCGAACCAUUUUCCACAACCCCACCAUAGUACUGAAACAAAUACUAUUGAACACACACACACACACCCCAAAAAAAAAAAAAAAAAAAUGGCAGCAUCAGUGGCCACAGGAGUGUCCCUCAACCACAUCUCCAGAGAAUCCUCAGAUAUCAGACGCCUUGCCAACUUCUACAAAGAGAUUUUUGGGUUUGAAGAGAUAGAGAGCCCCAACUUUUUGGAGUUUAAGGUAAUAUGGUUGAACUUGUCCUCAGCUUUCCAACUCCACCUCAUCGAGAGGAACCCCAGUAGCAAUCUUCCAGAAGGUCCCUGGAGUGCCACGUCUCCAGUUGCUGACCCCAGCCAUCUCCCUAGAGGUCACCAUAUCUGCUUCACUGUCUCCAAUUUUGAGUCUUUUCUGCAAUCUCUUAAGGAAAAGGGAAUUGAAACUUUUCAAAGGUCCCUUCCUGAUGGGAAAGUUAAGCAAGCCUUCUUCUUUGAUCCCGAUGGUAAUGGAUUGGAGGUUGCAUGUCCGGUUCCGCAGCAGUAAAUAUGAUGGCUUCUGAUCAAACUGGAAUUUCUUUUCUGACAAUAAGCUACAGUGAAGAGCCGGGUUUACUCUGUCAUUAUUUAAUCCUUGCUAAAAUGGUGUUAUGUAACAAUAAUAUUGGAAUUGUGUGCAUAUACCUUUCAGUGCUGUUUCAUUGAAAACAUCAAUUGGUAUCUUUCAAGUGCCUGAUGUGUCAUUGAAAAGCUGUAGCAUGGCACCAAAAGGAUGAAUGGCAAACAUGAUGAAGUAGUAAUGGAACAUAUGAGAUUCUUCCUCUCAUGCUCUUUUACAUA